CAGGAUGAAUUCUUGUUAGAUAAUGAUGAGACACAAGUCAUCACAUUCGGCUGACUGAAGAAUUCUAUGGAAGCUGUAAAUUUGAUUGGCUCACCGAAAACACAGACAACUCAAAACUACGAUGAAUGGGACACCUCCCAUGUGGCGUCCAUGGUGUUUGAUGCGUGCAGCAACGGCUCUGGAGUGGUAAAAUCAGCCGAGAUCAUUGCUUACGUACGAAAUAACUGGGUACACAAAGAAAGUGACAUCAAACAGGCGGAUGAUCAGUUAAGAAGGUUACUAAUAUGUCUGGAUCCAGCUGCUUCUAAUGAGGGCUUACAGUUCUCUGAGUUUCAGGAAAAGUUCUCCGUUUGGGUCGAGUCUGAACAAAGUAAGGACAUGUACUCCAGAUCCCCAAAAAUCGAUACAUAUGAGACGGAGUGUGAUGACAACACCACAAUAGAGAGUAGUACUACUGAGAGUCUUCUCUCAUGGGACUAUCCGCCAAUGAACGGGUACGAUCACAACUCCUUAAAAAAAGAGAACCAGUCACUGAAGGAGCAGAUCUCCACUGCUGAGGUUUAUAACACUGAUUUGGUGGAUGAAGUUAGAGACCUAACACUCAGACUCAAAAACAUCAACGAGACGAAGUCAGACCUUGACACUGCAGUUGAAGACCAGAACUCUGAAAUAUCGACCCUAAGAUGCGAGAUAAACGAAUGGAGAGAAUGCGCUAAGUUGUACAAGACCAGCCUACAAAAGCUUGAAUCACAGGUGAAAAGAGAAGCAGUGCUGAAUGAGUCUGAUGAUUCUAGCGGCGUGUACCUGCCCUCCAACACGAAUGAGUAUAUUACGAGGGACACCCACGAUUCUCAAAUUUUAGAGUGCAAGAAGACGAUAGCAGAACUAAAGGAGCAUAUAGCGUUUCUAAAAAAGGAGAACGAAGUGUUGGAUUGCCACGUCAAUCAACUUUCUGCAGCCCAACAUAUGAGGUCGAACGGCGAUGACCACUCAGCUGAAGAGGAACUUAAAGAGGAUCCUUACCGGCCAGAAGAGUUUGAGGACUUCUCCCAGGAGCAGUUUCUGAGCGAGGAGCAGAUUGCAGUGCUCCUAGACGAUGAGGGGGAGGGCGGAGAAGGGGAGGUGCUUCUCUACUCCUUCACUUCCCCUCAUUCGCUGGAUGAUUUCAGCAACCUCAUCACCUCAACAGCAAAACAGCUGAACAGAGUGCUUCGCAGUCUUCCUCCCACUGUCUCUGCUGAACUUGUGCCUCGAGCAGAAAGACAGCUCUUCACCGACACAUUACAUCAGAUGACUGCUUCAAAACACCUUUCUGAGAUCAAGAUAGCACAGCUCGUGGAUCUCUUCCGGCGUCUGAAAGUUGAACACCGGAAGCUGGGUGAUGAGCACGUGUGCCUGCGCUCUGACUAUGAGAACAUACUGGCGGAGUACGAGGAAAUGAAGGCAGAGAUCGUCAGUAUCACCCGCACAAACGCACAGCUCAGAAACGAGGUGGUCACCGUCUACGAGAGUGCUCAAUUAACCCCACCCUCCACCCCACAGAGCAGUGCAACCAUGCAACGGCGAGACGACACCCUUUUGAAGCAAGAGAUCGAUGAUUUGAAAAAGAAGCUAAAAGGAGCCGAGAAAGCGAAUUUAACGCUCACGCUAGCUAUCGAAGAGCAGACCAAGCAACGAAAUGCUCUUCAAGAAAACAUUGAUGAACUGCAAAAUGCAUUAAACGCGAGUAUAAACACCAUUUCACGGAUAGAGUACGAAAAUAAGACGCUCACGCGAGACAACGAGAAAUUGGCAGAAACGUACACGAGACAACGUGGUGAUCUGGAUGAGUUGAGAAAAGAGUGGGUAGCAGAAAUGGACAGAUGUACCACUUUGGAGAGUGGAUACAACUCCCUGAAUCAAACUAUAGUCGAGAGUAUAAGGAGUGUUGUGAAACUUCUAAAACCUGCUAUCUCAUUCACAUCGUUCGACCCAUCGGUAUGCUUGCCUCUUGAGGACUGGACGACGUUCCUUAAUAACGAGUUUCUUGGAGCUACUAAAGUCGUAGAGGAAAUUCGUCUUAACGGGGGUUCAAUAACUACGACAGGGUCUGAUGUUAUUUUACCUAAAAAGUCUACAGAGGUUCAAACAGACCCAAUCACUUUCACUACAGACUCCUCGAUGAAAGGUAACUUGGCCCGAUCAUCCUGCUUUGAAGAAAGCAGAUCUUACUCAGACACAUCAACAGCUCCUAACGGAGGAGUCAAGGCUGCCCUUCCUGCCGCUAAACCAUCUUCUGCAACCACCAACGGAGGAGCAGCAGUAGCAGUAGUAGAGGAGCCGGUACAAAGUUCUGAUAAGGAAGAUAUCACCACUGAGUUCCAGUUCACUACCGACGUUGCUGCUCUUAGUAAACGCAGUAUAGAGGGCGAGUUCCAAGCAAUAAUAUUGUCGUUUGAGAACGAUACAUUCACUCUCCAGAAACGUCUAACUAUGCACGAUAGAGCCCUACAGAAAGCUUCUACAAGCUUCAAAACUGAAGUGGAUAAGAUUCAGGAGCUUUUGACCGCUCUAAAAAGUGAUUUCCUGCCCGAAGACAAGAAGCGACAAGCAGAAGAUUUAUCUAGAACCCUGUCCCUGCUUCCAGAAACAGUAGAAACUCUAACUAACUCAUCUCUUGCUACUGGCAAAUGCCAACAAGAAGAAAAGAAUGUUCGACACUUCGAGGUGAUGGUUGCGCACAAUUUCCACACCAAGAAAGCUCUGACUGGUGCUCUAGCUCUCUGCAAUACAAACACUGAUCUGGGCAUGCCUAAAAAGGAUGUGGACAGAGCUGCAGUGCGGAAGAAGACCCUGGCUGUUGCUGCUGCGAUGAGGAAAGAUGAAGAGAAACAGAAACAGAUGCAGGCAUCUGAACAUAGCAGUGUUUUCUCAUCAUUCGCAGGUGUUGUAAAGAACCUCAUGGUAAAGACGCCAGCAGAACCUGACCUUGCGAACAGACGAGCUACGGAGAUGAUGCAGAGAAUGAAGACAGUGGAGACUCUGGGAGCCGACAAGGAGGCGCUCUACAAGGAGGGUUAUCGAGGCGGGCUUUCUUCUGGUCUUCAUGACACUUUCGAUAAUAUUAAGAAAGAGCAAAGAUCGUGUGAUGAGGGUGUGGAUAGUCUAAAUAAAAGGCAAAAUCCGGAUUCUUCUAGAAAGCAGAGCGUAGUAUUAUCAGAAGUAGAUGUUGAAAAUCUAGAUACGCCGACUAUAAAUAGGCACUUCGACGAAAUAGACCAACUGUUGAUGUUAGACUUUGACUGACUAAAGGCUAUUUACUUUACAACAAGCGUCAAGGCUUGAGCGUGAGGUGGCGUUCUACAAGAAGCACAGUAACCAUCUGUUUUACGGCGGAGCCGCUACUCCAGCCGCCACACUCCGUACCAUCUUCUGCACCGUGUUUAUCAACCUGCUGGUCCUGUUCAUUCUCCUGAUCACGGUGCCUCUUCCAGAACAUUCCGGCUACACCCUAGGUACCGGCUACAUUUCGUUACAAGAGUUCAUCACCUCUCACUUCCUGCACGUGCCAGACCGGGACAAGCCCUUACUCUAAGAGUGGACUGUGCGGUCACGUGGGUGGUCACGUGGGUGGUCACGUGGGUGGUCACGUGGGUGGUCACGUGGCGGCACUCAGCUGUAUCACAGCGUUUUUAACUUGUCAGAUCUACCGUUGAUAUGGCUCCCCUGUGCACGAGGAGUUGUGAUAAGGAAGGUUUUUAUAUGUCUGUACCGUUAAGUGGAACUGAUGGAUGUAUUGAGGACAUGAGAGAUGAUUUAUUGGAACUUUAAAAGAGAAGUUUGGAGGAGUCAGCAGAAUUAUUUAGGGAUCGACAAAUUUCCCUUAUUUUGAGCAACUAUGAGUAUGUAGUAAUUAACAUACGAUGUUAGCCAAAUGUUUGAGAAACGGUUGAAAUUGAGUUAUAUUUUUUAUGAUUUGCUUUGAAUAACCAGCUACAAUUGACAAAGGAAAGAAAUUACAUGAAAUAUUACUAUAAAAUCCCCGUCGGGCGCUCUCUUUAGCAAUCUAUAGUUUGUCGUAUUCGUGAAAUCCUCUGAAAGUUGAAUGUCCAAAUUAAUGACAUUUAGCAAAAUAAGGGGCUCUUGAUCUUACAAAUGAAAGUUAGCCAUGUGGUUAUAAUUAUAUGUCACACAUUUGAAACUUGGACCUGAUAAAGUUCCUCGAAUAAAAAUUAUACAUCUACAUACGCGCAGUGCCAUGUAGAUUGUAGAAGUACAUCCUCGAGCCCUAUUUUGUUUCCUACUAAAAGUAGGUAGUGAAUUGAUAUCACUUUAUAGCUGUCCGCUUUGACACAGAGUCUCAGUAGAAUGUUGUGUUUAGUGUCUCGUAGUGAAAUGUUUGUAAAGUCCCCCACGAUCCUCGUUUUACGUUUACCUUUUCAUCUUCAGUUUCAAUUUAAAGUUUAAAACGUGUUUGUUUUCAGAUGAUUCUAGGUUUUUUGUAAAUUAUCUUUUCGAUUUUCUAUUAUUACCGUCCGUAUGUACAUGUGUACCUGUACGACAGAGACCAAAUCAGACGGGUUCCUCUUUGAUUUGAAUUUUUCAGUGAUCACUUUGAGUCAUGUAGUCGUUUUUUCGUCCUUCGCAUAUUUCAAAUCAGUGAUAGACCCUUGAAUGUGACUUCAUGAACUUUUUACAAUGUUUUUCUAUCGAUAAUUGUAAGACUGUUUUUGCCAUAUGAAAGCACUAAACUGUUAGCCAAAAAUAACGUUCAAAAAUUACCUACACUUCUACACUAUGUGAUUUGCUCCUCGUAAUUAAAAAAGUUUUCGUUAUACCAAUACAUGGGACUUGCAGUUGCAUUACCAAUACCAUUAGUAGGGUUACUCUAGAUUUAAAACAACCAGUGAUACUCAUGAUUCGUUCCAUUAAAUUUUUUAAAGAUUACAUGAUGAAUCUCGUUAACGGAUUGAUAAAAUAUUUAUUCAAUUAUCUGCUAUUAAUAGUAGUAUAACAACUGAAAUGUAUAUUUUGUAAAUACUU